AUGAAUUUACCUGCAUCACUUGCAGUAAAAUCUCCGGGUCAUCAACUCGGUCGUCCUACACGCAGCAGCAGCAGCAGCAGCAGCAGUAGUAGUAGCAGCAGCAGUAGCAGCAGCAGCAGCAGCAGCAGUAGCAGCAGCAGUAGUAGCAGCAGCUGUAGCAGUAGCAGCAGAAACAGUAACACUGCUCCUUCUGCUUCUGUUGCUGCAGCAGCAGCAAUAGCAGCAGCAAUAGCAGCAGCAAUAGCAGCAGCAAUAGCAGCAGCAAUAGCAGCAACAGCAGCAGCAGCAAUAGCAGCAGCAAUAGCAGCAGCAACAGCAGCAAUAGCAGCAACAGCAGCAGCAGCAAUAGCAGCAACAGCAGCAGCAGCAGCAGCAGCAGCAGUUACUAGACUUACUUCUGUUCUGUCAGUCAAAGACCGCAAAGGCAGAGACAGGGCCUGUCUGUGGGUAAGAAGGAGGCAGAACAGCACCGCACUUCUGCAACAGCAGCAGCAGCAGCAGCAGCAGCAGCAGCAGCAACGGCAGCAGCAGCGGCACCAACAGCAAUAA